UUUGUUUUAGAAACUCGAAACGGGAAUAUUACAGCCGCAGAACCCGUCGCACCUUUGGUUCCGAAAGUGACUCGUUCUUUGUUGGACUCGCAGUUGGGGCAUUUGGCUGACGAAAUUGUGAUGCCGAGGAGAGCGAAUAAUUCUGAAGACGCUGCUGCGCAAGCUGAAGCUGCCAUUAUCGAGGACAGGGCUGUGGAAGCCAUGAACAUGUCUGGGGAAAGAGGAAACGGGGUCGUUAGUGACGAUAAUCCCGUCGCUGAUUUGGAAUACAACAAUGAAGCUGAAGCCGUGGACAGGGGAGAAGGAUUUGGUGGACCCUACGAAGCACCGUACUAUCCGAUUCAAGAAAUUGAAGCUAGAAAAACUCUUGCAAGUCGUCGCUUGACACGGACGAAGGUCAGGGUUGAUGCAAAUGGUCAUCCAAGAGUUGGAGCCAUUCGUGUUUCCGCAACAUCGAGCAGUAGCAGCGAAGGAGUCGCUGCUCAGGAUACCACCAAUACUGGC